AUGGCUAUUGGUAGAGAAGGAAAUGUUAAAUGGGUAGAUGGUCUUCGAGGCUUCGCAUCCACUCUGGUGGUUUUAACUCAUAUCGCUAGAGCUUUCGAUGGCGACCUUUUUCUUCCUGCUACUCAUAACGGCUCAGCACCGCGGCCUAUGCAACUACCUUUCCUACGAAUCCUAGUUCAGGGCCGUAUCGGUGUCACUAUCUUCGCUUUUGUUACUGGCUAUGUCUGUGCUCUUAAACCUAUCAAACUGUACCGACAGAAUAACCAAGAUGCCGCCUUCACAUCUAUCGCCAAGUCCGCCCUCCGCCGUGUUCCUCGAUUGGUUAUACCCUGUGGUCUCGCAACUGUCAUCAUUUGGAUAAUGGCGAAUCUAGGAAUGUUUUUGGUCGCAAAGCAGAGUGACUGUUGGUGGUGUGGUAAGACCGCACCUGAUCGCCAAGCGAACGUGUUCCUGUCUGUUAAACACUUGAUUGAAAACAUUAUUUCAACGUGGACAAGAGGUCGAAACGCGUACGAUGGCAAUCAAUGGACAUUAUUGCCAUUGCUGAAAGGAAGCAUGGAAGUUUAUACCUUUAUUGUUGCCACAGCCUAUAUUCGACCUCAGUUCAGGAUGGUUUUGAGUUUGAUGAUGUAUGCCUAUUUUUGGAUGGCGUCUGACUCGGCUUUUGGGAUGCAGUUCUUCUGGGGUGUAUUCCUCUGUGACUUGCAAAACCAUCCUCCUGCCACCGAGUGGCUUGCUCGUCGACCAAAGGUCUCGCAAGUUUUGGCUGCGAUCUUCUUGUUUUUGGGUCUCUACGUUGCCUCGUAUCCUGAAGGACACCCAGAAUGGGCGGCUUGGUCACGAUACCAAUUCGAAGUUUUGAAGCGCAUCCUUCCCAAGGACCCCGAUUUCCCUCGAUUCGCUUCCGGAAUUGGCUUGGAAUUGAUUACCUUAGGUUUACAUUUCAGCCCGGCUCUACGUGACAUCAUGUCGAGCAAAUAUUUGCUUUGGUUUGGCAAGCAGUCCUUCGCCGUUUAUCUUUUACACGGUCCUCUCCUUCGCAGUGUUCUUUGCUGGAUGGUUUAUGGAAUCCAUGUGCCCCCGCCUAUCACCAAUGACAAGGGUGAAACGAUUCAAGGCACACUCAUGUUCCCGAGCGGGUGGCGUCUCAUAGUCGCCCUACCAUUUUGGAUCCCUCUAAAUUACGGCGCCGCAAUGCUUUGGACAGGCUAUGUCGACCCUUGGUGUGCGACUUUGACCGAGAAAAUUGUGGGCAAAGUUAUGUUGGCACGCGACGAGAAGGGUGCUCUCUUACCGCAAUAG